CUUAGUUAGGGACAAAAGUCAUAUUAACAUUUUUAUAUUAUUAUUUAUUUUUUUAAAACAAAUCUCUAUUUUGCCUUUCUUUCUCUUGUUUGCCAAAUAUUUAACUGGGGAGAAGAGAAAAUUACCAAAUAUUUUCUUUCAAGUCAUAUACAGUAACCUCUAAAAUCCCUUCCUUUUUUCCACAUAUAAAUUCCUUCUUCCCUCAGCAGCCUCUUCCACAAAUUUCUCUUCCUUUUUCUCCCAUACAAAUUCUCCGACCAAUUCGUCGCGAUCAUGUCCAUCACCAGCCACCUCUCCGACAAUCCAGACAAGAUCUUCAAGAAAUCAUUCCACCGCCGGAACAAUUCCGGCGAGCUCGAUGUUUUCGAAGCCGCACGCUACUUCUCCGGCUGCAAUGAAGUCAGUUACACCGGCGGCGGCGGCUAUCAGAAGAUCUUCAGAGAAGAUCAUGGCGGCCGGCGAGGAGCUGGGAGGAUGAGCCUCGAUUUGCCGAUCAGAACCAAUGUGGUCCCUCUCCCACCGCCGCCGUACACGGCGGAGAAACAAACAAUUAAGGAGAAAAAACACCGCCAACAACCCAGCUCCCCCGGCGGCCGAUUAGCCAAUUUCCUCAAUUCCCUCUUCAACCAAUCGGCCUCCAAAAAGAAAAAGAAACCCAAAAACCCCAUCAAAUCCGAAGAUCAGGAAAUUGGAUCAGCAGGAAGAAAGAGAAGAAGCAGUUUAAGUAAUUUAAUCGAUUCAAAAUCAUCUUCAAAUUUUUCAGUUUCAGGUUUUAGAACUCCACCGACUCCAAAUUGCACCCUCCAAACUCCCAAUAAAAAUUACAAGGAAAUCAGAACCUUAUUAUCAUCUUCCAACAAUAAUCUCGGUAAUGGGAGCUUUAAUCAGGUGGCUUAUAAUAAUAAUUAUAAGCAAAAUUCUGAUCGUCAUCAGGAAAACGAGAUCAGAAAAAUCAACGGCCUAGAUGAAGGCGCAGACAGCGAUUCAAGUUCCGAUCUUUUCGAGCUGAGGAUCGGCGAUUUCGAUUGCUAUUCAUCAAGCGGCCUCCCUGUGUACGAAACCACUAACAUUCACACCAUUAAGAGAUCAACGGCUCAGAUUUCUUGAUAUUGCCAAAUGUAAAUUUUUAUCCUUUUUUUUUUCUUUUAAUCUUAUGUUCAAAUUAAAUUCCCCUUCUCUCUCUUUCCAUCAAAUAUUGCUUUUUUUUUUCUGAUAUCUGUACGUAAAGUUUGGAAAGUUUGUCGUCUCCUUUGUUUUUAAUGUCCACCAUGCUCUAAUUAGAUUUGCAAUGGUAAUGUUUUCCUAAAGAUUUUCUCACUA